ACAUCAGAUGUUAAGUUAGAGUAUCCACCACUGGACCAAAUUCUUUCAAGAGAAGCCAACGACAACCCUUACACAAAUGUUCAAACAAAUCCUUCAGAUAACGUAGACCAUUACCUUCUUCAGUUAUACCAAACAAUUUUACUCAAAGACGAUAAGAAGCUUUUGACAAAUCUUAUAAGCAAGAACCAAAUAAUUCUAACAAAGGAGGACCUUGAAAAUGUUAUCUCACGAAUAACAGGGAAACAAUGUGUCAUUGACUAUCUCGACCCUGAAAUCGAAUGCUGUGGUCAAACUCCACUAUUCAUGAAAAUAGGUAACAUCCGCAUCAUUGAAACACCAGGAACUACAGGAGUUGAGUUUAAGUAUAAAUAUUCGAACGAGUAUACAAAACUAUCUACUUACUAUAAGCUUUGCUUGAAAUAUGUUUUAGUAAAUUAA